CGUAGUGAGGUCUGGCGCUGGUGGGAGGUCGGUUCGCGCGCUGUCGCUUCGUCAGUGCCGCGGUACUGGUGGAGGAUAACCGCGUCGUGACUGCACCAUGCUCAAGCACGUGCAUUCGUCCACAACCACCCUGUCUCCGUUCCGCUGCAUCAAGCCGCAAGCCAACGAUGCGCUGAGCCUCAACAGCAGCGUGAGCUUCGGCAGCGGAGGCGCCGAGCAGCUGUCUUCGCGGUCAUCGAGCACGAGCAGCCUGCACGAGGCGCUGCCGCCUAGGAAGAGGUCGCCUAUCCGAUCCGGAGAAGAUGAGCUGACAAUGGUGAAGGUGUAUGCGCGCGUACUAUGCGCUGACAUGGAGUACAAGACGUUGUGCAUCGACGCGAACGCCUCCAGCUCCGACGUGGUGCGCCUGUUGCUGAGCAAGUUCAAGAUGAAGCACCGGGACCCGAAUCUCUUCUACCUCACCAUGGAGGUGUGGGUGCGCAAAACUGGCAUUCCCAUCCGAACUAUCAUGGUCCUGGACGACGAGGCGCGGCCUGUGGAGCUCCAGUCAUGUCAUCCGAAGGGCGAUUCCAAAUUUCUCCUUCAAAUGAGACGAGGAGGCCUGGUCAAAGUUUACGACAGCUGUUUAAUGGCAGGUUCUCUGUACAAGAGCCUGCUGGUAUCAGAACGGACAACAGCGGAAGAAGUGGUUCAGCUUGUCCUUCACUGCUACAACUCCAGUGACCGAGGAUCCAAGUACUCUCUCUACGAAGUGUGCCCCAUCAAAAAUUAUGAAAGAGCGCUCCAUUCUAAUGAGCUUCCCCUGAGGAUCCAACAGAGCUGGCCAUCUCCAGAGCAUUUUGCCUUCCACCUCAGAAGGAACCAGGAGGGCACACAUCAAAAACGCCAGCUACCUUGGACAUGUCAAACAGACAUGACUGGUCAUCUCAAUUUCCGCUUGAACGUUUCAAGGAACGAGUUAAGUCCAGCAGCUAUUCAUUCACCUACAUUGAAGCCAUCGUACAACAACUACGAGAACUGCUUUUACAUCUGAAAUGCAGUAGUGUGAUGUGUAGUUAGGAAAAAAAAAUGCAUGCUCCUUGAAUGCGGUGCCCCACAUAAGAUGUGUGCAAGCAGCAAAUGUCCAAUCAUGUGCUUUUUCACCAAAUGUGUGCUUGGCCAGCAUUGUUGAUUUUGUUGAAAUAGGCACAAGAAAUUGUUUCACGUAGUCUAUGGCACCUGUUCACAAGUCCAAAAGCCAUGACAGACAUUAUUUCUGUACCAACGUGUGUCCAUCAUGCCGCAGAAAGAGCAUUGGAUAUUCUCAUUUUCCACAGCUCUAAUAAGUGCACAUGCUUCGAGGUGCCAGGUUUUCAUACCGAAUUCUAUGUGUAGGCACAAGGGCUGUCUCGCAUGUAAAUUGGUUUUAAAACUUCAACUGUGCUUCCUGAAUAUGUUUGGUGACAGAGGGGGACCACUAUUGUCUGAAAGGAUGUAGCGGUUUUCUUCAUCUGAGCAGUGCAGCUUUCUUUUGCAUUGAACAGCUUGAAAUGUAGAUGUGUGCAAUUAAUUCCCUGACAGCAUGGUCUGCUGUUUGAAGGAGAUGUUCAUUUUGCUUGUAUAAUAUCAUUGACCAAAGACAUGUGCAAAGCAUUCUGGUAAAAGGUUACAUUCAGCAAUUCACUGGCGCGCUGGUCAGUGUAGCAUUGAAAAGAAUUGUCAAUUGGACUUUUACGAAUUUUUAUAAACAAGUACAUAGGACUCCUCUUGCUACCACAUGGUCACAUUGACAUAUAUGCCAGUGAAUGAUGCAUCCCCAGAAAUGUUUGCUCACAGUUGCCCGAGCAUUUAUAUAGUUUUUAUCACAUUCAUGUAAUAUAUCACACAGUGUCUUGAUUGCUUUGUAGAUAAAUGAAAAUUGCAAAUAAGGGCCACACAUUACUCAGCCCACAGGUCAUCAUGUAUGUCAUCAGCGCCUAACAUACUAGUCAUGCAAGAAAGCGAUAAUAAUGAAGGCUCGACAAAGUGUGAAAUUUCAACAUUUUGUAACAUGCUGUUGUAUUUGCUUUUCAAUAGUUUUUGUUCCAACAGAUGCCAGAAUACGGCUCUCAAAUAAAGGUUUGCAUAUGUGUAUUCCAUUUUGCUAUGGUUGUUCAGUUGCAGAUUGCAAGCUAUAUUUGUCAAACCUUUAUUACAGAACCUGAAAACAUUAAGAACAAGGAAUUAGCAGGCUGCCUGCCUUCAUACAAAUUAACUUUUAGCGCAAAGUAGUUGGGUUUUAUAUUUUCCUUUUCUCAUUUUUAUUUGGCAUGGCCAUUGGUAGGCACACUAAAAAAUUGAAGCCCAUGACAAUUUCCUGUGUAAAUUGUUAUCGCAAGUACUGCCACGGCAAUGCUUCACUGGUCUGUACUUCAUUUGAUGGCAUUGCUUUUCCUUUCCUAAACAAGUAGCACUCAGAAACUUUACCACCCUCUUUCUCAUCACAAUGUCUCCAAAGCUACUUGACAGUGUAAAAUGGGACACCUUUUGAUAAUUUUUCUGGAUCAUAACUGCCAUGGCACUCUCUAUCCAGUGAGAGUAAAGAGCAAUGUGCCAUCAUUGACGUAACCAGCACAACUUCACUGUAAAAUGUAUGACUACAAAGGUGAACAUAUUGCUCUAUUUCACCUGAUUAUUGGUACUCCUGCACAUGUGUGCAGAUGUCAUGUUAAUCAGCUAUGAGGCUCAAGACAACUAUUUCUGUGUUAUUCAUAUUCGUUUUCACUGCCCCUGUGAAUAUGAAGCCAAAAGUACACUAAGCAUGGUUCAAUUAUCGAGAAGUGAGACCUCACUCAAGCCAGAGCAUGUGGGCAUGCUGGCCCUUCGAACUUUGUUAUCUUGCAUAUCAGUGCAGUUUGCCCACAUGAAACUUACCUGCUUACCUUUGGCUCAGUUUGCAUAUUCUGUUGCAGCAGCUGUCUGCCUAUUCCCUGUUGAAACAGAAUGAGCCUCUCCAUAUCAGGCACAGGAAAAACGAAGGUGCAGCCUCCAACAUUUAUCGGGUAUCUCUAUACAUGUGCAGGGUUGAUUGGUGUGCACUAUGUUUACACUUGAGUUAUGGACCUCCUGGCAGUGUACCUCAUCUAUGACAAAAAAAAUCCUUUUAUUGCAUUUGACCAAUUAAAAUAGUGUGUGCAGCUGCUCUAUGGCCUCACAGUCUCUCAUGCGGUGUAUUGCCUGCUACCAGAAAGGAGAUGUGUAAUCUGCUCUAAGUGUCCGGUGCAUAUGUGGAUUAUACGCAAUGCCAUAAAUAUUGUUGUGUAUUGUGUUUACGUUUCACAUGCAAGGAUGCCAUAUUGGUGACCUUUACAGCACAUUAAAGAGCCACUUCUCGAUGUUGUCCUGCAAUCGCAACAGCCAUGUCACAUGUUAUCUGGACACAGUUCUUUGCAUUUGCCACCCUAAAACCCAGCCCUGUACAUAGGGGCCAAAGUGGUCUUGAUUUGUUUGUUGCAUUGAUGGCAUUUUGGUAUUGACUGUGUUUUCAGAGUCGUUACACCUUACUCAUCUGAUACUGUACAGGACAGGAAUGUGAAGUAUGAAGCUGAAUAUAUAUUGCAAUGUUCUAUUUAAUUCUAUUUUUGAGGCACAUUACAAUGACCAAAGCAGAGUAUAGACUAUUUUAUUUCUGUACAUACAUAUUAUUGUAAAAUACAGCAACAAUAAAAUUAUUGUUUCUAAGAAA